UGUAUUGAUUCUUAUUUUUAUAGCAAUGGUGGCAGAAGAGGAGGAGGAGGAGGAAGGUGAUGAGUCUCAGGAGACGCAGUCUUCAGCAAAGAUCGGAGCUAAGAAGCAGAGGAAGUUAGAAGAGAAGCAAGCUAGAAAAGCCCAGCGAGAGGCCGAGGAAGCUGAGCGUCAGGAGAAGAAGAAAAUGGAUGUAAAGCGUGAAGAAGAGAGGAAGAAAGAGGAAGAUCGUCUCAGGAUGGAGGAAGAGAAGGAGGAAGAAGAGAAGAAGAAAGCCAAGGAGGAGCAGGAGAAGCGGGACUAUGAGGAGUACCUGAAGCUGAAGGAGAGUUUUGUGGUGGAGGAGGAAGGAGUAGAGGAGACCAUGGAUGAGGAGCAGACACGUAGUUUCCUUACAGAGUUUAUCAACUACAUCAAGGCUUCAAAGGUGGUUAUUCUGGAAGAACUGGGGGCUAAUUUUGGUCUGCGAGCUCAGGACGCCAUCAGCAGAAUACAAGAUCUAUUGGCUGACGGCUCUAUCACAGGUGUGAUCGACGACAGAGGAAAGUUCAUCUACAUCACGGCAGAGGAGAUGACAGCCGUCGCCCAGUUCAUCCGCCAGAGAGGACGCGUCUCCAUCUCCGAGCUGGCCCAGGCCACCAACAAACUCAUCAACCUGAACCCCGAGACCAGCCCCGUCCCCCUCCAAGUAUCAUAAACCCAAUAAAUCUAUUCUAAAGACUUU